AUGAUAUACAGCGAGGACAAUAUGAUUCCUGAGGCUCUACAGCCUAAGACGCUUCUUGUUCAUCCGAGAGUUCUCGGUCUAUACCUCCGUGAUCUCGCAGCCGCCGACCCAUCAACUGAGAACAUCAAAUUCACCACGUCAUGUAUCUUGGAGCAAGUCCAUACGGAGGCAAUUCCUCCCUCCGUGUUCGAGGUCUGGCUGCCAUUGGCAUGUCAGCACUCUUGGGAUUUCAUCGCUACAGCACUUCAAGACCCAGCUUACAAAGUCCGUCAUGCCGCUAUUGAACUUGCCCGACGCCGUCUUUUCCGUGGCAGUCACUGGAAAGAGCGUGGCUGGGAUGUACUUGGAGGCGCACAAGGAAUCAAGGACAUUCUUGACAAGUUACCUUUAGCCGAAGCACGAGUUCUGCUCAAGGUGAUUGUCGGCCACUGCCACGCCUCUCCUGAUAGAAAGUUAAUGACAACGUGCGUUGAGGAGCUCCUGAAAUUGGUAGAGAACACCGAUCCUUGGGUUUCGAGAUCAUUGUUACCUCAGGUAUCCUUCCUUUUCGCAUUCUGUAGCGCGGAAAAAGUCGAAGACCUGCUUCGAUCCCAGUCGACAUGGUGUUCCGCAAUUCUCAGCUACUUUCCCCGAUGCCAUACCCCUCUUCUACGACGUAUGGGAGUUGGGGCAUUGGAUAUGCCUGGUCAUCUGCGGCUUGAUAUUCUACGACGGUGUCGAAGCUCAUUACUCCGCUCAAAAGAAGCAUACAUCCCUGUUUACCACCAAGAAAAUGAGUCUGAGAUGUCUCCCGGACUACUAUUUGGCUUAGAUCUUCUAAUGGCCAUGGAGAAGGAGCCGGAACAAUACAGCGACUAUGAGCUUGGUCAGUGGGUCGACACAAUACUGACUCAAGGUAUUCGUGAAAAGACGGAUUUCAAAAUGAUACUGUUGAUCCUGAACCAAGGUUUCGCGGUUCUCCAAGCUAGCGCAUUGACUCGACCUAGAAGUAGUUUUGAUAGUCAUAUGCGAUCACUAUCUCAAUAUAUCGUUCAGUUUUGGUCAAUUUCACGCUUUGGAGGGGUUGGAGGCUUCCCCGAGGGUCUGGUAGCGAUGUACCGACAAGAACGGCAAAAGAAGGCACUAUCGACUCACCAAGCCUCUUUGCAACAGUGCUUGAUCCAGCAGGUAUUAAAAAAGAGGGACCAAAGAUUUGAUGCUGGAAGAAGCCGUCAAGAGUUUCUUAAAGCUAUAACCAAAGUUCUCUCGCUUGUGGCUCAGAACGGAAGGUUGGAAUUCCUUCAGCUGCUUUGCCAGCAUUCCCCGAGCUUGGGAUUUGACCUCACAGCCUGGCCACCGUCCAAAAAAGAGCAAGAACUCAUGCCAUGCUGGGAUCUCGAAGUCUUGCACAUGUUGCCGCCAGAUGACUCUAGGUUCCUUUUCAGCCGGUCCCUUCAUAACCAUCACUGUGAGGAGUUCCUCCCAAGCACUAGUGGUAAAGACCCAAGCUCGAAUAUCCCAACAUGGGAAGCUCAGUGCCUGCUUUGGGCGACUUGGGAAUCCAUUGAUCCCAAAGAAAAUGAUUUUCCUAUCACCCGCAAAGGUAAGCAAAUGCUAAUAUUCCUUCCAACUUCGACCCAUAUUCUUAACACGAAACAGCUCUUGGUGAGAUCAAACAAAAGGCAGUGCGGGCACGCGAGUUUACCGAAAGGCUGCUUUGGGCUGAGUUGGCCAUCAAACUUGCAGUGA